AUGGGAGACCUGGAGUGUGGCUUUGAGGAAAUGCAGGGAGUGAGAUUGGGAUACCUGCUCAUCAAAGGCAAGCAAAUGUUUGCCUUGUCUCAGGUCUUCACCGACCUGCUGAAGAAUAUCCCCCGGACCACCGUGCACAAGCGGAUGGACCAUCUAAAGGUGAAGAAGCACCACUGCGACCUGAAGGAACUGCGGAAGCUCAAAGCAAUAAACUCUAUCGCUUUCCACGCCGCCAAAUGCACUCUCAUAUCGCGGGAGGACGUUGAGGCUCUGUAUUUCUCCUGCAAAACGGAGCGGGUGUUGAAGUCCAACAAAAGGAAGGCGAAGGCAGUGGGUUCCCCCGGGGCGGAGGACGCGUCCCGGGGGCUCCUCCGUGCGGACGCCGGGCUGUGGAAGGAAAAAGUUUGGUUUAGUUUGCACGGCGUCCCGCAGACUCUGGCACUUCACAACAAAACCGGCAGGAGAAGAGAGCUGACUCCUUGCCUUCCCGACUCCAAACUACCUCAAUUUUACCACAAACCCCAGGGACGGGAUUACCGUUCAGCGACAAAGUCCAGUUACAAACACUUUAAAAACUAUGAAACGGCUCAGAUAUCGGGGAACCGCGUGACUUUAAGCCAGAGACACUCGUUUUUGCGGAGCGCGGCGAGCCGGCAGCCGGUGGUACUUCAGUCCGCCAUAGCUGCUCAGUCCAGGCUCUCGCGCUCAGCCGGCGACCUACUUCACAAAAGGAAGAGGAGGCGCGAGGGGGGCGGCGGCAGGGACAGCGCGAGGCACUCCUGGAGCAGGAGCAGGCACGCGCACCACCACGUACCACCGGUGCUGCUCCUGCAGCCUAAAUCAUCCGGUAAUCACGGGACGACUCUGGGCGCUUUUCACAUAAGUCCAGAUUUCUACCUGGACCCCAGACCUCACCAUCAUCACCAACAUCACCAUCACCAUCAUCACCACCAGCCGAGUUUCCCGGAGAGCUACAGCAGCGACACCGAGUCCAGCACCUACUCUGACCGGGCGAACCACGACUCAGAUUUUGGGUCGGGAUUCUCCACUACCACCUCUGGGAGCUCGGAUGAGGAAGAGGAGGAGGAUGAGGAUGACACCCAGUCUGAGAGUUCAGAGGUCAGCUCAGAGGAGGAGGAGAGCUCCUCUCAGUCCGACUCAAGCUCGGUCUCCAGUCGGGUUUCGGUUCAGAGCAUCCGGUUCAGACGGGCCCGGGUCGGGUCCAUCACCAAAACUCUCAACACUAGUAAGGCACCUUUGCUUUUACAGCCCACGUUUCACUACAACCACCACCAGCAACAAGAAAAACAACACAGGGCACUGGGCCAUGUCGGCGCUUUCCAUGGGGGGGAUUACAGUAGGCAAGAAAACCGUCAGAAAUGUGACUUAACAUGCAGUGAAACAAGAAAUAACACCGGACCACAGCCAACUAAAUUUAUCUCCACUGUUGUUCGAGAGAGCUUUUUCACUGAGUCAAAAAGGGAAAAUGUGUCCGAUGUGUACGGUGAUCCAAAUCAGGCUGAUCCCGUGGAUGAUGUGGCCCCUUACUCACCCGGAGCCAACAGGAAUAAGGCGUUUUCCCUACGCAGAACACCGGGGCAUCCCAACAAAUGCCUCCCGGGACUAAGCACACACUGUGACCACGACAAAGACACCAAGCUCCCCAAAUGUACUGACAAGAGAGAGGCUAAAACCACCACCCCAAAACUGCCCAGUCCGCUUAAAAAGAUAAAAACCGAGGCUGAGGAGCCCUCUGUGACCGAAACACCCCACACUGACAGCGACAGGACAGCCAGAACUCCCCCCUUCAACCUCCAUAAUGUGAAAAUUAAAGUGGAGGAAAGCUGUGAUGAAUAUGAAUACCAGAGCCAGGCCUCUGCGGUUAAAUGUAAAGGAGACAAGGCAGAUAGCAGUAGUAGCCAAUAUCCCUGCGGAGACAUCAAGCAAGCAGACGGUUUUACCAACGGGGCUAAAGCCGUUGAUAAGAGCAUUGACGUGGCCCCCAAGUCCCCCUGUGGCCCUCAGGAAUGCAGGGGCACCCAGGACACCUUCUGCACCGAGGAGGGGGAGCACAGGAACAAAAACUGCCGGACUCUGGUACUGGGGAGAAAACCUAGAGUUUCCAGGACGCAAACAAAACAAAACGUGCCCAGGGUCGACAAGGCUGCCUCUUCUUUUCGUCCUGCAGGUUUUGAGGGAUGUACUGAGGAUUUACCAAUCAGACGCAAACGCAGCAGUGUGAGCAAUGUAGCAUCGCCUGCAAAGAAGCCUUUCAGCCUGAUGGCAAAUUUCCCGUCUCCACCGUCGCUGGUUGUUGGCAGCGACGGGGAUUUGUGCCCUGCUUACUCCCUGAACUCGCUGAGGGCCCCCGGGCCUCCCCCUCUGUCCCACCCCGUGUGGCGAUGGCAGCCAGGCGGCCAGCCUCUCCCUCCCCCACACGCUCAGAGAACCAGGAAAUACUGAAGUGUUUUUAUUGCAAAAACAAAAGCCUCCACCAUCUCUCUGUCCAACCCAAUCGUAGCCUGAGUCUUAACAUGCACGCACCAAAUGGCCUGCAACUUUGUCGCAAUUAUUUUUUUCCGCCGGUUUCAUUGAAUGGAUUUACAUUCCUCGUCGUUUUGAAGUUUGUUCAAGGAAAUAUCCUCCGAGACGCGCAAGAUCCCCUUUGGAGAACCUGAAAACGCCCACAGGACUGUGAGACACCGCUCAUGGAUUUAUGCUGAAAACAAACAAACAAAAACUUGUCUUUAAAUAAGCUAUCUAUCUUAAGCAAUAGGCUACAUGGGGUUUUCAAAAGUGUGUUUACUUGACUUUUUCCUUAACUCGAUUGUUUCUUCUUCGCCUUUAUAUGCUCGACCUGUUGGAUUGUAUGCUGCCAGGGUUCCAGUGGUUUGUGCUUUGUCUGAGAGAAGAGAGGGGUAAAAAUCACAGCAUUCUUUGGAAUGAGGCUACUCUUGGUUUAGCUGGGACUGAGGGCAAGUUUGACUUGGUAAAUCAAAAAUCAGGGUUUCCCCUUCUGUGCAACUUGGUGUAUUUUAUAUUUCAAAGCUGUGUUUUCUUUAUGACUUUCAUGCUCAUACGUCUGGCCAUACUGCUCCCUGCCCAAUUGUUCAAUUCCAGUGAAUAAGCCUAUCAAAAAUGGUCUUAUAAAUGUCUAUCUAUACAUGUUCCCAGGCCUUUACUAGAAUUGACAGAAACUGAAUCCUCGUGGUUGUGGGGUUUUUCUAGAGUGCCUGUGAUCUGGUGUUCAGUCUUGUUUUUAUUCCUCCAGAGUAUUUCCUGGUUUGCAAAUGUUUAACCGUGCACAGACACAGGCCCAGACACAACACAGGCCUUAUGUACAGACAAUCAAAAGAAGAGGGCUCAGGCCUUCAUAGCACGCCGUUAGGUCUCACGUUAGGCUGGAUUUAAGUGCUUAUGUCCCCCCAGAUCCUCUCGUCCACAGAUUUCCUGAGCAUAUCACAUCGAUUUGCCAAGGUGAAUCUGUGUUUGCGUUUUGCAGGCCUAGUACAUGGACAUUGGUCAAGAGUGGGAAAUGUAAAACACAGGGAGAAUGACAAUGUACAAGACAUAGGCUUGAUGUUGUGGGAUUCAGCGGUCACAGUGGGGGGGGAACACCAAAACAACAUUCAGCAAUACCCUCUAGCCCGGUGGCUACUUAAGACAAUGCGACAAAGCACAACUGAUAGGCUUAAAUGCAUUGCACUUUGAUACUGAUGGGGGUCUUGUUUCAGCUUUAGGGUUUUCCACUAGCCUUUAAAGUGGUGUCUGAGAGAUGCUGAAAGACAAAAGCUACAGAUGAGGCUUUCUUUACCUCUGGUUAAUUUUGAUAUGGACACACAGCCCACAUGGAGGUAAUUUGAUCACUAUUUGUAUUGGAUUUGGGAUUGACCCACAUUGGUGAGUAGUUUGUAACUACUCUAUGUUUACAUUAAAAACAUAAGGAGCACAUCGCAGUUUAAAAUUCCGAUGUGCAUUAUAAUUUACCAAUACGGUUGUGGCAGUUAAGCAGUUAUUGUCCAUUAGCCCUAUUUUUAGUUGAAGCCCGUUUUUUCAAACCGACCUGGAAAAAAAAUCUUCAACUUAGAGACCAAACUGUCGGUUGUCGGUUGUAUUUAAUCCUGCAGUUUACCGGCUAUCGUCCUCUCUUUGACACCGAAAAUGCAAUCAGGUUAUCAAAAAGUAUCUAUUUUUGACAAGUUGAAAUUUUUGCCUCCUUUAUUUGUCACACCACACCAACAUAUUUAAUGUAGCCUUUGAAACAUGGCCGCCCAGUGAAUGUAUUCCAGACCUGUUUCAUUUGACCACACAGUCAAUAGCAUCAUGUGACUUAAAUGUAUGCAUCGAUGCCACCAAAACAUUAUACUAAAAAUAUGAAUCAAUUGAACUGGUUGAAGGUGCGACUAAAUGUAGGCCAGAUAUUGGUAGGUGCAUUUGUAGAUGUUUCAAAGGCAGUCCAGGACGCGCUCUAAUUGGCAGGCUUUUCUGUCUGCGACAAAGAGAGGCCCAGCUUAUGGUGAGCCUGAUCACAACAAACCCAAAGCCUAUGAAUGAUGUCAGCCGUCUCACAAGCACAGCAGCAGCAAAGGGUGCAUUCAUUCAGAGGAUUGUAGAAACCAUUUAAUGGGUGAAUGUAAAAAAAAAAAAUGUACAAAAACUCUGUUUCACCCUGCCUAAAUCAGUGUGAAUACAUGUGGUAGAUGUUUAGCCAUGUGAUUAAAGCACCACUCUGCAGCCAUGAAGCCCCACUCACCAUGGGCCCUAUUUCCAGGCUCCUGUUAAGACAACAAUACAAACUUGAACUUAUUCCCUCGCCUCCCAACUAAAAUAGCUAUUUUUUAAUCUAUGACAUGAUCCCUAUAUGUCGCAGUCUGCAGGACCUAUGAGUAGUCGGGGUAAAACAGAGGGGGCUGGAUGGGAUGAGGAGGGGUUGCUGUGUUGCAAGAGGGAAGCUUUCAACCUCUAAUCCGCAUGUCAAAAGCGUAGGCUGCACGGCAUAGGACGAAGAGGGAUAGCAUGCACCCAGAGCUGCGGGUUUACCCCCCUGAAGCACCAGCCUAUUCUCACGCAGCGCAGUAUUCACAAUGCAUGGCUGAGGGACGGAGAUGGUGGUAAUGGCCUGUUGGGAGGGCCCUUCCACCGUUAAGACAAAUAGCUCUCUGACAGUGACGCUAUCAAUGUAAACAAUUGCAUCGUGCAGCAGCUAGAGGCUGCAUAACUCCUCACCCCCUCUCCACCCCUCUCUCAUUCACUCAUUUACUUAGCUUUUUGGAUACAAUACUUGAGGUCAGGUUUUUGACACGGAAUUUGAAGUCACUGGUUGUUUAUAUAAAACUGAGUAUUUAUUUUUGUGAAUUUUUCUGGGGUUUUUUUGUAUAUUGACUUUGUUGUGAAUAUAUAGGACAACUGCACUCGAAAUGGAAACUUGAA